AUGGCUAUACUUAAUGGUCUUGAGGUUACAGUGCAAGUCGACGAUGAGAAUGUAGAAGAAUUCGAAGAUCCAGAUGACAAUGCUGAAGAAAAUGGCACCUUCGAAACCACGAAAUAUGUUGAAGCGAAGUCCGGAUCGUCUUUUGCAUUAAGCUUCCGUGUCCCAGCAGCCUACCGAAUGAUCUCGCCGUGCUUGACUUUCCGGUACGCUGUGGACGACAAAGACUAUGGAGGCGCUAUUGCAACGAACGACCAACAACGCGACCGCUUCGGAGACAUCGUUCUCGUCAGGAAAGGUGAUAUGAGCCAUUCUGGCAAGCGUAUAGAGAUGAGGCCUUUUGUAUUUAGUGAAAUCAAUAUUGUUGAGGAUGGGGCGACACGAAGCGUACGGAUGAUGAAACCCGAUUAUCUCAAGGUUCUUGGUACAAUCAAAUGCGAAGUCUUUCGCACCAAGAUCACAAGGGUUCAUUCGAAAGAAGAAUACAUUGCGAGCUUAAGAAACCAAGUUAAAACUUCGAUGCCGGUAAAUACUACAGAGAAGCAGAUAAAAGGCCAAGCUCUUAGCCACAGCUCCCAGUAG